UUUGACAUUUUCUGAUGGUAAAUGACAUUUCUUGGCCACGGGGAAGUGAGGGGUCCUCGUUUUCCAGCAACGUUUUAUCUAAAAAAGUCUCUCGAGGUGGAAUAUUGCUGCCUCCAGUAACAUGGGUCGAAUAGCAGUCACUAGUCAUUUAGUACAGGAGAAGUUGGGUGGUUACGUUGCCGAGAAAAAGUUUCGGUUUGGCCUCCUCAUCGGACAGCCGAGCUCUGAAGGAAAGGAUUAUAUUGUGUACGCGACACAAACCCAGAACCAUGUCGGUGAUCUGUACGACAGCGAGGACCAGAGGAAGUCGAUCGUCCAGGAAUACACAAUCGAAACGUUGGAUCCGCAGUUGCUGGUGAAUCAUGCGGUCGUGGUGACCAGGAUGAUCCCUGGCUGUUUCUUCGUUCAGGGCAUGUUCGUCGUCAGCGAGGUGAACAUUUUCCAAGACGAGGUGGCAGCGAAGAAGGUACGACAGUGCGUCCUGGAGAUAAAUAAGAUUCUUUCAGAUAACUCGAUUUUCCGGAGCAACACGGCGAAGUAUGACAAUGGCGAUAAAUUGAUCCUGCAUUGUCCCCCGACGGGUCAGUGGACAUGUCGCACGAUGAAUGUAAACGAACCUUCAGCGUCAUUUAAACCGGCCGAUUGGAAAGUGUAUGACAAACCAGUUUCGUGGCACCUCUUCGAAACGAACUACGACAUUGAGGAAGUCUUCCCGCUUUUUAUCAACAAAAAAACUGCGAAUUUAGAACAAAACUUCCUGUUAUCUCUGAAAAACCUCAACUCGUACUUAGAGAGCAGCGCAAUAUUCAUUCAUCACGAUCAUUCUGAGGACAAUGUCCUACUGGAAGCGUUGUUGAAAGUCAGGCGUGAAAAAAAGGAGCAAUCUGAACACUUUAGGUCGACAGUUUUCUUCCCGGCAACAAUUCCCGACCCCGAUCUAGGGCGAAUCAUUAAAGUUUACGGCACGAUUCGCUAUAGUGGCAUUGUAUAUUCUCGCAUUUGGGCACAUCCCAAAACCGAGAUAAAAGACGUCAAGGACUUUAUACGUAACGAUAUACUACGUUCGUUGGCAUCACGUGUUCAAAUCUACUGCGACAGUUUAACGGAAUCGAACGUCCACGAAGGAUCUUUCAUUGUGAGCGAGCCACCACGUCGUGUUUUCAUAAAAGUAGCCGGAACAGGCGGAAUCGAGUUUUGUGAGUACUUAUUCCGUGGAGAAUUGCCGGAGAUUGUGGUGGAUCAAGCCAAGGAAAUGCUGGAUUUGAAAAUAACUACAAACGACGUGGAGACAGAUAUCGAGGCACUGCCGGUCUAUGAGGAUGAGUUGUCGACGAUCUCUGACGAAUCGAUAACGUCUACUAAUUCGCUGUUGCCCAGGCAUGAGGUUCGGAAGAAUAUGUAUUUAGCGGGAAUUUUGGGUGCAUUGGUCGUCCUGAUUGUGUCACUUAUCGUGCACUUCAUUCGAUAGCAUGCGUGCAAUAAUUGAGGAAUGCUAGGCAGAUUUUGAUAUUUAAUUUUGUGUUUUCGUUUCUUUUUCUACUUUUAUUGCUUUUUCGGUUGCUAAUUGUUUCCUUGUAUGUCCAAGUACCUAUGGUAAAACGUGAGAUUCUAUUUGUGAGAAUAUUUUUAAAAGGAACCUUUUGUAAUAAAAUAAAUUGUACUAUGAAA